UGUUCACUUACUAGAUGUUGAAAGUUGUAAUUUGACACUCACACCGGCGACACAGCACAGGCAACUACCACUACACGCGUCCUCAGUAGACCGCGCAAGCAGGUAGUAGAGUAUCACUCGACGCCUUUAGAAAUUUUUUGAUUCACGGAGUUAUCAUUUACUCCACCACUAGACGUCGACGCUGUCGAUGUUUAAUUUUUUUACAACUUUUUUUUCUCCCGCCCUCAUCCGAAUUCCAACCCUUAUUUGACCUAACGAAAUUGUCCUUCCUACCACUUAAUACAACUUCUCCCGACCCCUACCCCACAAGAAAAAAUGCGCGGUCACCAUAGCGACAAUUACAAUGUGCAGGGUGCGUCCUCCAAGGCCGGGGCGCCCCGACUGCGCCCUUUGCACGAUUGGGGAAGCAGCAACCGAGGAGGGAAUAGCCACCACAACGCCGCCCUCCCCACCGACCGCCCGACCAACAUGCGGCGGACGUUUUUACCAGGUCAGCACGACAGGACUUCCAAUAUGCCUUUGGUGAUCACAAGAGGGCCGAACGCAGGAGGGGGUGGAAAUAACGGGCACAAUUAUGGUGGCGGUGGGGGCCACCACGGACAGUCCAAUAACAACUCCUACGAUGCCUUCAACUCCCGGUCAAAUUCGAACGAUGAUCUCCAGCAUCAGCCACCUCGAGGGGGCCUGAUCCCACUCCGCGGUAGAGGUGGUGGCGGUGGUCUUCAACCUCCGGAUAGUAUGGGCGGCGGGAACAAUAAUUUCGACCAUCCUAGGUCAAGAUCAGCCUUCGACAGCAACGCUGUCACAAGGCAGCAGUUUGGAGGACCACACCAUGGGGGGUUCGGAGGCGGGGGGCAUCAGCAAAACAACAAUUAUCGCAGUGCUGGCGGGGGUCAACAUGGUAUGAUGAACAUGAGCCGACGGUCCCCAUCACGAGACAGGAACAACUUUGGCUCAUCGAAUUCUUUCGACCACAACACAAACUCAAACCGGCACCCACGGGACCGAAACAUGGGAUUCGACCACUUCGGCGGGCCUGUGGGGGGCUUGGAAUUCGCGGAAUUCGUGCCACACAAGAGGAACAGGGCGGGGGAUUUUGGAAGCAACAGCACGAUGAACAAUAAUUCCGCCGGCUUGGUCCCGUACUUGCCGGAUAAGAAUCAGAGUGGGAAGGCGAAAUCCAGUUCUAUGCCUGGCGCAACAACAUCAAACAGCGUCAGCAACAAGAGGAGCAGAAAUAUCCACGACGACGACGCAAUGGCAGCACUAGCCGCAUCUGAAGACCACGAGAACAAAAACGAAAUCUCUCAGGACGACGUACUAGACACUUUUGCUGAUAUGGAUUUCCUCGAGGAUAUCUCCGACAGCGAGAAAGAGAAGGCGGAAGAGGAAAUCAAAAAUCUCGAAACGAAAUUCACCGAGGAGAAGCAAAAGCGGGAGGAGCAAUACUUCGAAAAGGAGAACGAGAUUGGGGAGUUGGAAGUCAUUGAGGAGGUCAACCGGGCGGAGAUGCUGAAGUUGCAAGUCUUAUCAAAUCCAGAAUUUGCGGACAAAGCAAGUGAGGUUCUGCCGCCCGAGGAUGAGUAUCAGGUGCAGCAGAUAAGGGAGGAGGAGGAGAGGGAGAAGGAAGAAAUGAAAGCGGGAUAUGGCGCCCCAGUUGCAGUAGCUCCACCAAUAUCCUCUAUCCCGAAAGAAGCGGAGGCUUUAACCGCGGUGGAGAAGAUGCAUUUGGAUUUACUAGGCGCAACGGACCUGUGUACCAUGACCGUCGCCCCGUCUACCGCACCGAUCGCGAAAACGAGUAUGAAACUAUCGGAUCUAUUGACGAUAAAAGCGAAGCCGAAGAAGAAAAAAAAAGUGAAAACCAAGUCGAAAGCGGAUAAAGCUGAAAAGAAGGACAAAGAAGGCGGGACAUCAAAAGCUGCUACUUCCUCCAAAACCGCGAAAGCCAAACCCCCACCGCCGAAAACCAUGACGGAGUUGCUCGCGGCGAAAGCUGGUGGUGGGUUGUCCGCAGGAAAUAACGCUGCUGCGGAAAUAAAGCGGAAGAAAAUUGCGGAGGAGGAAGAUAAGAUCGACCCGACAAUUGCGGCGAUGCUCGGGUUACCAGUGGAGCCGACACCACCGCCCUCUCUGCCGAGCGCUUCUAGUCCGGAGGAGGAAGCAGGGAAUCAUGAUUUGAAUGGUCUGUUGCCAACAUCUGGGGAACAAGUAGCUGCUGCUGGUGCGUCGAACAGUGACUCGAAGCUCAAUGUGGUUACUCUUGGAACUACGUCGAAAACUGGGAAGCCAAAUUUACUGGAGGAAGGAAGCAAUAGCAAAGAAGACGGCAUUAGCUCAUUGGAGGAGGAAAUGCAAAACCAAUCGAAAAGAGCGAAAGCUCCGCCGCCACCGCCGAAGGACCACAAGGGGAUGAAUAGCAGCGUAGUGCCAGCACCAGGCACGACAAACACAGAGAACAAGACCUCCACUGCGCCCGCACCGCCGCCUCCCGUUCCGGCGAAGAAGCCUCCAGUGCCGGAGGACACGAAGUCUGAAGAUGAGAAAGACGCGGAUUCUUACCUAGCCGAGAGCCGAAGAAAAUCCCUACCGACGUCAAAAGCGGCACAGCCAGCUGGAGAUCAUGCAGCCGCUGAAUUGACGAAAAAAACAAGUGCGAUGAAAAAGCGGACCUCGGAUCUCACUGGAGAAAUGAAGGACCACAUAAAGAGGGACAAAAACGAAGACGAUAAUGACGACGCGAAAUCGACGAAAUCCGACGACACUGAGCCGGAGGACGAGGAGGUGCUAGGGCAAGACUGGGAGAUCUUUAAGUUGGGGGAGAGGGUAAGACUAAGAUGAUGAAGCAUGCGAGUUUGAUGGAAAUUGAAAUUUGUGUUGCUGAUGUGAUGUCGAAACCAAUAUAACUCAGGUUUUGUCAUGCUGAAAUCGUGGUCGCACACCGAAUCGACAAAUGAAAUCUUUUUCUUUACAUUUCGUCCCAACCAAAACAACAUCAGUGCUUCUACCACCAUCGCGGCCUUCGUAUUACCCAGUGGGAAAAGCCAACUUUGAAGCAGCUCCGUUCUGGGUUGAGCAAGAAGGCCGAAGCAUUGCCUGUGAUGAAGUACAAGGAGCAAAUUUUGAACCACGUGAAAAACAACCGCGUGACGAUCAUUUGCGGCGAGACCGGGUGCGGAAAGACGACACAGGUAUUAAAGGAGCGAUGAUGUUAUUGGACAUUUGUAUUGCGAAAACGGAAAAGAACCGGAAAAAAGAAGAUCCCCGUGGUCAUGCUGGAGACGCAGCGUCGCCAUCUCCAAAUGAAAAUGAUCAUCCGCGCAUAAUGUGCAACAGGAGCUGCUGAGCGAGCAGCCGGCGCAUUGAUUUCAUCCCCACCAACUUUUUACUUAUUCAAAACACUAGGUUCCGCAAUUUCUCAUGGACGACCACCAAGUCGUUCCCAAGGGCAAAUACGUCAUCGUCACCCAGCCGAGAAAAAUAGCGGCUAUCACGAAUUCAGAGCGAAUCGCGACGGAGCGCGGCCACACCAUCGUCGGCGGGGAAGUCGGGUACCAAAUCCGGUACCACAACAAAACGGAUGACAUCACGACAAGACUCGUCUUCUGCACCACUGCGGUGGUUCUGAGACGGUUAUUCGAGGACCCGAAGUUGCGAAGGUGUGCAUGUUUGGUGAUCGACGAAGUGCAUGAGCGGGACGUGCACUCGGAGUUUUUACUGACCACGAUCAAAGACAAGUUGAUGAAGGGGGAGAUGAACCCGGGAUUUAAAUUAAUUUUAAUGACCGCCACCUUCGCGGGAUCCACCUUCGUCCCCUUCUUCCGGCCUUUACGGAUGAAGGAAAACGACGUGGGACUGACGAAAUUCACGGGGGAAAUGCUUCACGUAUCUAGUGCAAAACUAAUAUCGUGCUUGUAGAAGUAAUUGCAAUCGUGAUCCAUGCAUGACAAACACAAAUCUGGUUUCCUAAGCAAUUUGCCAUGAAAAAUUCCAUUUGUCACGUCGCUGAGAAAAUUUCUCAUACUAGAAUCACUACUAGCAGCACGAUAGUUGUACUUGCUUUUGCACUGCAUAUCACGGAAAACACGACAACUCCACCGUCCCGCCUUACGACUCGGUUUUGUCCUUUGAAGGCCGUUAUGGAUUGCAAAUUGUCCUGGGUCUGGAAACUUGUAAUGCUAAAAUGGAAAAAUGAUAGACGCAAUGCAAUACGCAGCUACGCAUGACAAUUUUUUUGGCUGCAAUGUCCUACGUAUUCUGCAUGGAAAACUGCGUUCGUGCAUGACAGGUAAGAGGGCCUUUUCGUGCCUAUGCAACACAGAUUCUCGAGUCAUGCCAGACAAGCAUGACAAACUUGCACUCUGACUCUUCCAGACCCAGACACUUUUGCAUUUGAUAGCCGUUGUUUUCCAAUCAAGGAAUACUACUUAGAGGACGCGUUGGAGUGGACGGGAUGCGUCUUGGCAAACACAGACAAACUCUCCGCGGUGACGAAUCGGCAAUUGCAGGAAAUCGACGAGAAAUUAUACUCGCUAAAAGACGAGAAGGAGUACAGUGAAAAGACGCUACGCUCCUUGGUGAUCGACGACUACAAGUACAUCAACUUCGAGAAACGGAAAUUAAUCAUCGAAAUGGUCCGGAAAAUCGACACGGACGCGAGAUCGAUGAUUAAAAACGAAAACGGCCGGGGGUCGAUUUUGAUUUUCCUGCCCGGGUGGAAGGACAUUUCCGAUGUGGGCGACGAUUUGCGGAAAGCAGAGAUCGACGAGGGGUUGAUUGACGAUGAGAAACGGAAGUACCACAUCUUGCCAUUGCAUUCGCAGUUGAUACCCGAAGAGCAACACCAGGUGUUCGACCCGGCGCCGCCGGGAUACCAAAUUCAAAAAUGUCUGGGUCUGGAAGAUUGCAACUUGUGAUGCUGGUGUCUCUGCAUUCUACAGAAAUCUGUAUUGCGUGACCAGCAAGAGGGGUCCAGUUUGUGCCACAUGGAGAGAGAACUUAUUUCUCAUGCGGGAUAGGCAUCAGAAUGCCCGCUAAAAAUCUGUGAUACCAGGUUAUGCAUUACAGGCGUCAUGGGUCAUGGAAAACCUGCAUGACAAGUCUGGCACUCUUCCAGACCCAGACAUUUUUGCAUUUGAUACGGGAAGGCGGAAGAUCAUUCUGUCGACGAACAUUGCGGAAACGAGUGUGACGAUCAGCGACAUUAUGCAAUGCAAAAGCAUCGUACUAGUAUAAAUUGCAUCACAAAUUAGCCCAGCAUUACAAGUUUGAAUUUGUAAUGCUGAUUUACAUUGAGAAAGGGAUUUGUAAUGCAUAAAUGCAAUUGCUACGAGUACGAUACUUUUGCACUGGAUAGACAUUGUCUACGUGCUAAACACGGGCAUUGCGAAAGAGAUGGUUUACGACUCGCAGCGGAUGACGGGAGUUUUGGAAGGGCAGUUGGUUUCAAAAGCGAAUAACACACAGAGGAAGGGGAGGGCAGGUAUAGACUGAUGUGAUUUAUUUUGCAAUACAGAUUUCUUUCAAGGUGGACUCAUUACUUUUAGUACGGCAUCGCACUACAAUAAGAUUAAAAUUUCGAUGGUCAGCUAUUAACAAAACGCCAUCCAAAGUCAAAGAAUCACCUCCCCAGGUCGUUGUCAAGAGGGGAUUUGCAUCCACCUCUACCCGGAGUACAUGCUGACGACCAUGAAAGACCACCAGUUCCCCGAGAUUCUCUCUAACUCAUUGGAGGAACAUAUUCUCCAGGAAAUGUGUCUGAAGCUCGGGGACCCGAUUGAGUUUUUCAAGCGCACGGUGUCCGUCCCGCCGGAGGACCGAGUCCUAUCUGGAAUCGAAGUGCUCGAGAACCUCGGCGCCAUCGAACUCGCCGUCACGAACGACGGACAAAGUUACAAGUACCAGCUGACCGAUCUAGGCCAGUGGCUCGGGAACGUCCCGCAGCACCCCUGCGCGACUCUCGCGAUGAGCUACAGCGCAAUUUUCGGGGUGUUGUUACCGACUCUGUGCGCGUUGAGCUUCAUGGGCCAAAAGUCGCCGUUCGACAUCAAGAAGGAGAGCAUGGAUACAACACGCGGCGGGCGGAACUUUUUAGGCGACAGGUUCAACUCCGACCACGCGGCGCUGGUGAACGCGUAUUUGGGUUGGAAGCACUGUAUUUACCUGACGGAAGAUCAGAAGUUGAAGCCGGAGGAGAAAAUGAACGCGGCGAGAAGGGUAUCCCGUGUAAAAACAUCCCCACUCCGUAGUUGUCAUGCAUGUCUGUAUGCCAAGAAAGUUCAUCAUGCGGAGCUCUAUGAGAAGUAUUUUCUACUCGUGUUUUGGAAUUUGUGAUGCUAGGAUCAGCAUGCUAUGCUAGAUCUGUGAUGCUUCUGAACUGGCUAAACAGGUUUACACUACGAGGACAAACUUGUCAUGCCAAACAACGAAAGCUAGUGGAUUUGUCUACCAGAUAUCCCAUCUGGACUCUGGUGUGGGGACGUUUUUAAUCAGGAUAGAGGGCGCAUGUGUACCUGGAAAAACACGGUUUAGCGAAGGAGUUAGUCGGCGGCGCGGACCAGAAUGUCAAAGCGUAUCUCGGUUUGAUGGUGAAAGAACGGGGGUAUAACGGGGAAGACUGCGCGUACAGACUCAUCUCCCCCUUUUGGACGACCAACAAACUGUUCACGGAUGACAAAUUUCUUUUGUUCAAACUGGCUCUGUGUCUCGGCUACAAUCCGAAGUUCGCGAUGAACCGGGUAUCCACAGAAAAAAACCCAUUCACAUCCAAUUUGUCAUGCAAAACACACAUCAAGGCAUGUGUUUGUCACGCAAAAAAUGGAUGUGGAUGGUUUUUUUUCUGUGGAUACCGGGGGAGUGGGUUCUAUAACGACCAGAACGGGGAAUUGAAGAUGAGCAAUCAAUCGGUGAACAGUAAAUUUUCGCAUCGAAUGUUGGUGGAAGAGGGAAAAUUGGAGGCGACGAAGCAGGAGUCUGGGGAUACGUACGUGGAGGAAUUGUGCGGAAAUUUCUGGAACAACUGCGACCCGUUGUUGCUUGGGGAGAAGUUCGCGGAAGAGACGAGCUAUAAGAAAAAGUAUAGUGCAGCUUGUGCUUCUGUAGUUCCGUGACAGUAGUUCACUAAAAUUGAAAAUGAGGUUUAUUGCGUUUGUGCUGACGUUUUUGAAUGAAUGGGAAGUAGACCGCCCAGUUCAUUUACGACUCCACCACCAUGCGCAGUCCUCGUCUCAGCUGUCUUCCUAAGUACCCUUCCGCCUCCACUCUAUUUUAAAAGACAUCAAAAGACACCAAAAUCUACUACAGGUCUUCCUCUCCCUAUUUCGCCAUGUACUCCGAACUCAUGUCCUUUGGCCAGAACAAACCGCUCCAAAUGUCGGAAACCACCAUAUGCAUUGCAAAAGCGUCGUACUUAGUAGGAAUCGCAUGACAAAUUUCCGCAAAAGCAAAAACGCAGUUUGUCAUGCUGAAUCAGGUAGAAAGUAAAAUUUGUCAUGCCAGACUGCGAGUACGAUACUUCUGCAGUGGAUACACCAUUGUGAACGUGAACACAGUCCUCCUCGCUUCCCGCACCUUCGAGUUUGAGAACAACCACGUGCAGUUCGACGGGUGGACGGCGUUUGUCCGCGAUACAGAGGUUUUAGAAGAAGUGAAAGAGUUGCGCAAAGCGAUCCGACUGGGGAUGCAGAAGGCGAUUUUUAUGCAUUGCAAAAGCAUCUUCGUACUAGUAGUAUCAAUUGCAUUACAAAUUUGCUCAGCCUGAGAAAUAGGAUUUGUCAUGCUGUUUGACUUUUGGAUGGAGAUUUGUAAUGCAUAUACUGCAAUCACUGCAAGUCCGAUGCUUUUGUGUUGCAUAAUUCUCAACGGGUGCCAAUUCGCGGUAGAAAAACAGGCGACGAUCAUACCGCUGCUGGAUUUUCUGAAAAAAGACAUCUUCGUCGAAAACAUCAAGGGCAUCCGGAUGCAAAAGGCGAGCCAGAAAGAUUUGGAUUCGGUGAUGCUUAUCGAAUGCAAAAAUGUCUGGGUCUGGAAGCUUGCAACUUGUCAUGCUGUUUUUGGAUUCUAAGGAAAAUUUGUGUUGCAUGACCAGCAAGACAGGUCCAGUUUGAGCUACGCGGACAGUGCAUUUCUCAUGCGGAAGGCGCAUCAGGAAACCCUCUAAAAGUCUGUGAUGCUAGGUCAUGCAUUGCAGGCGUCAUGGGUCAUGAGAAAUAUGCAUGACAAAUCUCGGAAUCUUCCACACCCAGACAUUUUUGUAAUGCAUAAUGCUACGGGAUUUGCCAUUGGACGUGACGCAGUUUCAGAUUCGGGACAUGUUUGCGGACUUUUUAGACGGGUUGAACGCAGAAAUGAAAAAACAGAAGGACAAGGCGAGUGGAGUUUUGGUGGAUCCGAAUGUUGAUCCGAAUUUAUCGGAGAACAAUAAUAACUCCAAUUCCGACAGGGAUGACCAGCUCCCCGCCCCAGGUGAACUCCAGCCCCAACAGCGCACCUCCGAGCUCGCCCGGAUAGAGGAAAUUUCCAUUCCGAUCGGCGCGAAGACGGGAGUGGGUCGCGGGUUAUGCACUGCAAAAGUAAAUCGUACUCGUACUAUUAAUUGCGUUUAUGCAUUACAAAUUUUUUUCUUAAGGCAAAUCUGCAUUACAAAUUUGAUUUGUGAUGCUAAGUCAAUUUGUCAUGCAAUUUCUACUAGUACGAUAUUUUUGCAAUGCAUACGGGUUCGCGUUUAUCAAGUUCGACAGCCGGGAAACCGCGAAGGCGGUGGUAAAUUACAGCCAAUCGAGGGCGAACGGAUUGAAUGCGUGGCGGCUGCGGGGGCAGCGGAUCAGUGUGAAGUUGGUGGAGCAGAAAGACCCGGUGAAGGAGGAUAUUCCGCAGGUCGUUGGGAUGGGGAAUUUCGAGCAGAAUAUGGAUGGAGGAGGGGAGCAGGACUACAACAACUCUUCCGAUCAUAAUCACGGCAGGAAUAAUUAUGGUGGGAGAAAUAAUGACCGAGACAGAGGAGGGCAACAGCACCAGCAAGGUGGUCGGGAUCAGUAUCAUAAUCAGCGGGAUCGAGAUCACAACAACUACCGACGGGACGAUAAUAAUCGAGGUGGACAUCACCGAGAACGGGACGAUCGAAGGCAGAGAAACUACGAUCAGGAUUACAGGCGGUGAGGGUAGUAAUGUUCUUGCCGGUUUGUGUUGCGCAGGCGCAGCACAGGGGGAGCUGCGGCGCGCACUUCCUCUUAUCAAAAAAUUAAGCGACCUCCUGUACCUGUUAAGUAUCAGCUACCAGAAGGCGAAUUACCAUACGGGCUAUGGUUCGUUUUCGAAAAUAUCUCAGGAUUUAAUCGUAAGAAGAGUAAACAGCAAGGCUAUUAUUUGUCUUUACAAGAUCGAGGACGACCCCAUUUUUACAUGAUUUUCAACAAAAAGUACUAGUUGUGACGAACGAUUUCCUUGUGUACCAACGACCAGAAGAGACAUAAGUAAGUACAAAAAGAACAGAUUUAUAUGAUAGAUACGGUGAAAC